AUGGCAGAUAAUAUCUUUUCUCAAAGAUCUCCCUCCUUUGACAGGUGCAUCAGUCACCCUGAAGAACUCUUAGAGGAUCUAACCACACCUUUCUCGAAGAGAUCCAGGGGUAGACCUAAGGGCUCCAAGAAUCAACCUAAACCACCUACCAUGAUCAGGGUAGACCCUGAAAACUUCAUGGAACAUAUUUUUAUUGAAAUCCCUGCUGGAAAAGAUGUCAUCGAGUCGAUAAUAAAGAUGGCAUGGCGUCAUCAAGUUGAUAUAUUAGUGUUGAAAGGUUCAGGUCUUCUUUCGGAGGUUACGCUUCUCAACUCGGCGCCCCUAAACUCCCCAUUCACUAUCAGAGGAAACUUGCAAAUGACAUCUCUUACUGGAACUUAUUUUAAUCCGAAAUCUGAUCGUGUUCCUUCAGAGUUUGUCCUCGACCAUGCUUAUUCUUCUUUUACCAUUUUCCUAUCUGGAAAUCAUGGUCAAGUAUUUGGUGGAGUUGUUAGAGGAAAGGUUACGGCUUCAAGUGUCGUUCGGAUUUCCGCUGCUCUUUGUAGGAAGCCAAAGUUUUAUAGGGUGGCCCCCAACAAUGGAGAAAUACGUGAGGAUAAAAAGGUUGAUCCAAGACUUGGCGGUGCUGUCGUCCAUAAUGAUGUUGUUCUAGAACAUAACAAAAAAAAUAACUUUACCAAUGUGUCCAAUGCUUAUGCACUGGCACAACCCCCCUUUUACAAAUAA